CCUAUCCAGUUGUUUGGAACUAUUAGUAGCCCAUUCUCUGCGUGCCAGGUUAUCAUGACGGCGUUGGAGGAAUGUUUGCGGAAGGAGACGCUGGCUGCGGUCCACGAUGUCCACAGCCGGGCAACCGCGCGGGCCCUUGUCUAUGAGCAAAUCCAGCACGGCCAUGUCCAGCGAUUGUUCGUCGAGUAUGCCCACAAUGAUCAUGGCGAAGACGGGGAUCUCAAUUCGUUCAUGUACAAGAAACAUCUGAGUAUCCAGUCGGGUCAGGCAGUGGACGCUUCUGAACUGGCUGAGGAGAUUCGGCGCAAGGGAUAUUUCGGCCGUCUCAAUCAACAUGAUGCUAGCCCUGGACUCGUAGAGCUUGCAGCGUUUGCUCUGUCACGGGGUGCACAGGUGAUUGCGGCUGAUCUUUCCCUGGAGGAAACCCUGGAAGAGGUGCGGAAGUACAACGAAUGGCCAGUCGGUCAUCCCAACUCGGAAACGAAUGCGGCUGGUGAGACCGGGCUCAAGUUCCGCGAUGAGUUCGCCGCGAAAAGAAUUGCACAAUACCUCAUCCAGGGCCCGGAUGGACCUGGGCGUUUGAUGCUGUGGGGCGCAAAUCAUUUCCAGGCGAUCGAAGGUUUCAAGGACAGGCUCUGA